AUGGAAGAUACUAAUAAAAAGGUAGAAAUUGAUCAUUUGGAAGAUUUGGUGGGGUCAGAUAAGUCAUCUUUCAAACAAGAUUUAGGCAAAACUGCUUUCGUGCUUGACGAAGCUAAAGAUGCAACUGAAGCUGAACAUGAGUUAACUUUGAGUCAAGCUUUAAAUUUCCACAAGAAAGCAAUUUUUUGGGCCAUGGUUUUAGCUGCCACUAUUAUUAUGGAAGGUUACGAUAAUAUCUUGAUGACUUCUUUCUUCGGUUAUCCAAGUUUCCAAAAGAAAUAUGGUGUUGAAAUUGCUCCAGGUGAAUACCAAUUAACUGGUCCUUGGCAAGUUGCUUUAGGUACCACUUCAUCGGUCGGUACUAUUUUUGGUGUUUUUGCUAAUGGUUAUUUGGUUGAAACUUUUGGUCAUAGACAUGUGAUCUUAGUUUCAUUAAUUGUUAUGUCAGCUUUUAUUUUCAUUCCUUUCUUUGCCCAAAACGUCGAAACUUUAGUUGUUGGUCAAGUUUUAUGUGGUUUACCAUGGGGUGUUUUCGCUGUUAUGGGACCUACUUACAGUUCUGAAGUCAUGCCAUUAAAAUUAAGAGGUUAUAUGACUGCUUAUACCAAUAUGUGUUGGGCUAUUGGUCAAUUCAUCGCAGCCGGUGUCUUAAAAGCUUUAGUCAAUAAUACUACUGAAUGGUCAUAUAGAGUUCCUUUUGCUAUCCAAUGGGUCUGGCCUGUUCCUUUAUUCAUCUUAACUUACUUAGCCCCAGAUUCUCCUUGGUGGUUAGUUAGAAGAGGUAGACAUGAAGAUGCUGCUAAAGCUUUGAAAAGAUUGAUGUCCAAGGAAGCUCACCACAAAAUUCCACAACAAGUCAGUUUAAUGAUUCACACUAAUGCUUUGGAACAAGCUCAACAUAAUGCUAGAAGUGACGAAGAAAAAGGUUGGAGAGGUUAUCUUCAAUGUUUCAAGGGUACUAAUUUGAGAAGAACCGAAAUUGCUUGUGUUGCUUUAGCUGGUCAAGUUUUAUCUGGUUCAACUUUCGCUUAUUCCCCAUCAUAUUUCUUCAGUCAAGCCGGUUUAAACCCUGACCAAGUUUAUGCUUUAAAUUUAGGUGUUACUGGUAUUUCAUUUAGUGGUUGUGUUGUCUCUUGGUUCUUAUUGAAUAGAUUUGGUAGAAGAAGAAUUUAUGUCACAGGAUAUGCCAUUUUAACAACAUUAUUAUUGGUAAUCGGUAUCUUGGCAAGUCCAAAACAAGUCGGUGCUUUGAAAUGGGUCCAAAGUGGUGUUACAAUUGCUUGGGUUGCUACUUAUGCUUCAACUAUUGGUCCUUUAGCUUUCACCAUUUCAGCUGAGAUGAGUGCUACCAGAUUAAGAGCCCAAUCUAUUGCUUUAGCAAGAAAUGCUUAUAAUUUAUGUUCUUUAAUCUCAAAUGUUGUUGAACCAUAUUUGAUUAACCCAACUGAAGCCAACUUAAGAGGUAAAACAGGUUUUGUUUGGUUUGGUACCGCUUUACCAACAUUGAUCUGGGCAUUCUUUAGAUUACCUGAAACUAAAGAUAGAACUUUCGAAGAAUUAGAUAUUUUAUUCGAUAGAAGAGUUGCCGCUAGAAAAUUUAGUUCUACUGAUGUUAAUAUUCCUUCUGUUGAAUUAGGAGAAUCAGACUAG